AUGGCCUAUGAUAAUAAUUCAGAUGCCGAAUUUAUAGAUGCAGGGGAAUAUAUAAAAGAGACAUAUGAAAUAUUCAAAACACAAGGAGUGAGUGGAUUUACCCAACAUGUCACGCAUGAUCUUAAUAAAUGGAAACACGUGAAGAUAAAAAUUGCAGUAACUGGAAACAGUGGCGCCGGUAAAACUAGCUUAAUAAAUGCUUUACGAGGUAUCCAUCACGGGGACGAGAAUGCUGCAGAGGAAGGAGUUAAAGAAACAACAAAGAAAAAGACUUCAUAUAGCUUUCCGGGUAAUGAUCAAAUAGAACUCUAUGAUAUCCCUGGUGUAGGAACUCUGAAACACCCGAUUAAGUCAUAUAUGCUAGAUAUGAAUUUUGAACAAUAUGAUUUUGUUGUAAUUGUGUCUUCUCAGCGGUUUACGGAAAACGAUGCAUUGAUAAUUCAGGAAUUGAAACGCUUGCAAAAGCCAUUUUAUCUUGUGCGAUCCAAAAUAUUUUCGGAUGUUGAAAAUCAAAAGUAUAAGCAAACAAGAGAUGAUGUCCUCCAAAUCAUUCGUGACGAGUGUAACUCAAAUCUCAAAGAGAUUAAAGUUGAAGCAAAUUGUGUAUUUCUGAUAGACAGCCAUGUACACCUAGACUUUGAGCUAAAACAACUACAAAUGGCUCUUAUAUUCGAUGCCCCAAACGCAUUUAAGACUUCUUUGAUCUUAACUUUUAGAACCAUGACGAAAGAAAUCAUUGCGGAGAAGGUAAAAGUCUUAAAGCUUCGAGCGGUUUCAGUAGCAUUUAUGGCAAUCGUAUCUGCUGUGCCAGGGGGGAAAUAUCUAAUGAACCAGAAUGUUUUAAAGGAUGAAAUAACUUUUUAUAAGACAGAACUUGGUCUUGAUGACGAGGCACUCGGCAAAACGUGCAAGGAUCUUGAAGUUGGUUGGGCAAAAUUGCAGGAAAUGAUAAAGUUUUGUUGUACUGUUCUUUAUCCGGAUAAGGCUAUAGAGGACAUUAAAAACUCAAACAAAAAUUUGGAAAAUUCACCACUUAUGGUUGGCAAUUUUCUACAUGAAAUUGAAUGCGCUUUAAAAGGUUUUGUGAUCACCUAUCCCAAGGUAUAUUCUGGUCUUUUGGAUAUAAUAGAUACAUUGGAGAAAGAUUCGCUUAAGAUCAGUGAAACUGUUCUUGAAAAAAUGCGUGGUUCAUCUCUUGUUUGA